AUGGCUGCCGAGCACGAGCCCGAUGUGUCAAGCGCACCCGCCUUCAGCCCUGGCUCCUACGAGAUGCAGAAUAUCACUUCGGAGUUCGAGCAACCUGUGAUUUCCCUCAACCUUCCCGCCAAGAAGAAGUACCGUCAAGUCAACAUGGGUAGGUUUGGUCCCAUCUGGUAUGCCUCGCCCAAGGUCCAGCUUCUCCUAGUGGCCCUGGUGUGCUUUUUAUGCCCUGGAAUGUUUAACGCCCUGAGCGGGCUUGGAGGAGGUGGUAGAGACGAUUCAGUUCUGGCGGAUAAGAUGAACACAGCUCUCUAUAGCACGUUCGCUAUCUUCGGUUUCUUCGGUGGCACAUUCGUCAACGUAAUGGGUGUCAAGUGGACGCUGGCUGUUGGAGGCUCGGGUUACUGCCUUUACUCCGUCAGUCUUCUGGUAUCAACUCUUCACGACGUCGAUGCCUUCAACAUCUCCUGCGGUGCUUUUCUCGGUAUCUGUGCCGGUCUCUUGUGGACUGCGCAAGGAACUAUCAUGACCUCCUAUCCCCACGAGAGUGCCAAGGGUAGAUACUUCGCAUAUUUCUGGGCUAUCUUCAACAUGGGCGCAGUCAUUGGAAGUCUGAUUCCGUUGGCCCAAAACAUCAAUGUUCGGUCCAACACAACUGUCAAUGCUGGAACCUACAUCGCCUUCAUCGUGCUCAUGGGUUUUGGUAGCCUUCUAGCCUUGUUUAUCUCGAACGCAUGGGAUGUAGUGCGUGAAGACGGCACCAAAGUCGUUCUCAUGCAGAAUCCAACCUGGCAGUCCGAGUUCGUGGGGCUAUGGGAGACCUUCUGUUACGAACCAUCGGUAAUCCUUCUCUUCCCCAUGUUCUGGUCCUCCAACUGGUUUUACACCUACCAGCAAAAUGGUAUGAACGGUAUCCAUUUUGAUACCCGCACAAAAGCUCUCAAUAGCUGCCUCUACUUCAUGGCCCAGAUCUUCGGCGCUAUGGGUCUUGGUUACGCUCUCGACUAUCAAGGUAUCCGUCGCUCAGUCAGAGCUAAGCUUGCCUUGGCCUUCCUCUUUGUCAUGACUAUGGUCAUCUGGGGCGGUGGUUAUGCGUAUCAGAAGGGCUAUACUCGUGCGAGUGUUGCAGACCCCCACUUUCAGCCAACCGACUGGACAGACACUGAUUACCCUGCUCCCAUGUUCCUCUACUUCUUCUAUGGCCUUUACGACGCCCUCUGGCAAGCAGCUGUCUACUGGUUCAUGGGUGCUCUCUCCAACUCCGGCCGCAGAAAUGCCAACUACGUCGGCUUCUACAAGGGCAUCCAAUCCGCCGGCGCAGCCGUCAUGUGGUCCCUCGACGCUAGGAAGAUUCCCCUAAUGGACGAGUUCCUCUCCAACUGGAUCCUCCUCACCGUAUCACUAAUCCUCGCUAUCCCCGUCAUCUUUCUCAAGAUCAGAGACCGCACCGUGGACGAGGACAAAUUAUUCGGCACUGGCGAGACUCUCACCGAUGUCCUACCUACUGGAAAUCCCAAGGAGACUAACGUCUGA